AUGAGCAGCCAAAAACAGCACGUGGUACUACCAGCGACGACACUAACAAUCCCCUCACUCCCCUCGCCGUCCCGCUCGAAUGGCCCGCAGUCCUCAAGCCUCAAGAUCCGGAUCACCCCGCACCUCUCCGUCCCCUCCCCGCCGUUCGCCCAGGGAGUCAGCGGGAAGAAGGUGGAGGACUGCGUGGAUGUGAUAGUCGAUAUAGGCGGGAAGGUGGAUCUGGGGCUGGAGGUGGAUGAGGAUGAGCUGAGAUGGGCGGAAGGAAGGGAGUGGGACGUUGAAGAGAGGAUCCGAGAGAGAGUGAGCGGGCUGUUUGAAGCGAAUACGUCGGCUUUGGCACUAUCAUCAGUCUCCACACCGCCGUUCGAUGCACCCCCCUCACCACAGCCCGAAGAAUCCGCCUCGUCCUCGUCCUCCUCGCCUGCUCUACCUCGACCGCUCGUCCGCCUCUCGCCGCUUAUAGCUAAUCCCGCUCACUCACACCUGCUCAAGACACUCACUACUACCGGUCGACCUCAAGCUACGCUUACUCGCUUCGAUAUCAAGUUGGAAUGGGUGACUUCUGGAAGGAAGCAGAAGCAGAGGGGGGACGAUGAGGAUGGGGAGGGAGAGAAGGAAAGUCAGAGUCAGAGUCAAAGUCAAAGUCAGGAGGGCAGAGGCGCAGAGGUGGAUGGGGAUGGUGAUGGUGAGGAAUGGUGGGUCACCGACGAGGCCGGUACUGCAGGGAGGAUGGGGUUGGACCUCAUCAUGAGUGAUGUCGAGGAGAGUAUCGGCGGAGGGCGGGAAGACAGGGAAGCUGGAGAGCAGCUGGGGCUGCCGAAGCGUUUCCCAUUACUCUUCGAUUCGGCUUUGAUCCAACACGCCCCCUCCCUCACCCUGCACCGCUCCCUCACCUCCUCCAUCACCCACUUCCUCCACCUCUCCUCCACACACCACACCUCCCUCCUCCAGCCCGGGCGCAACCUCCUCCGCUCCAUCGCCCAAGAACAAGAGACAUUUCUCACUCUCAACGUGGACGCCGCCGCUGGUAUACGGGGUGUGGCCAUCCCGAAACCCGCGGGAGCUGGUCGUAGAGGCAAACGACGUAAAAUCGGGGCCGCCGGAGACGGAAAUGAGGAGGAAGGGGUUGGAGCGGAUGACACGAAAGCGGGAAGAUCUCGUGCGUAUUUGGAUCAAGUGCACAAGGGGGUGAUGGCGGAAGAUAAAGGGCCGAGGGCGGAUGAGAGACGGAUAGGGCGGCUGGUAGGGGAGGCGAUGGGGAGGGUGGGGAAGGCCAAGUGGGACAUGGGGAGGAAAGGGGCCGGACGGAUGGCGGCUUUUAGAGUACCGUUGAAAGACGUUGAUCCUGCACAACAAGCGAUACCUACCGAAGACGAUCCCUCGGGAGGUCUGCCAGCCAUCUUCGACCGCCCUGAUGAUUCCCUCGAGCCAGACGAUGCGCCCGAAGAUGCGUUUCAGUCGUACAUCGACCCUUCCCCUUUUAUCGGGCUCUUACACGACGCCGACGGGGAAGAAGCGGACCCGGACCCGGAGGACAGAGACAGCCAGAUCCUCCUGGAUGACUGGGACGAUAUCUUUGAUCCGGACUCGAACCCUGCACAAUCGUACUCGGGCGAAAUCGAUAUCAUGCCGGACAUCCAGGAUAGUCUGUCCUCUACCGAGCUCGAGCUCGAGCAAGACGCGAGUCUCCGCGCAUUACAUCCGGAGUUCGGCUCCCAGCGCAAUGAGGACGAGGACAACAACGAGCUCAUCUUUGAGGAUGAGCAUCUUUCGGGGCGGGCGAUACUACCCCAUUGGUAUGAGGACGACAACGACGGCGGCGGCGGUGGCGGUAGCGGUGGCGGGGCCGAAGGCAUCAUGGACGUGUGGGAGGAAGAGACAGAGGAGGGGGGGAUGAUGAUCCUGGACGGCGACCUUCUCAUCGAUAUCUGA